CCAGUCGUCGUUAUUGCGGUCUGUCAGUUUCAUUUUUACUAUUUUAUUGAAUGUUGUGUUUGUAUAAGAUCUGAUUGAAGCAGAGUAUUGUGUCUUACCGAAAAUUUAUAUAAAUUUCAUAGCAUUUAUUAUUUGUAUAUAAUAUGCAAACGAUUUAAAUGUAAUGGAGUGAUAUUUACAACAAGAUUCGCUGUUAUAUUUAGAACUAUGGCGCUUAGUUCAUUAGCGGAAGAAUAUUUCAGUACACUCAACCCGAUAGCAGCAAAAAUUCACGAGGAUAUUGUCGAAACGCGGAAUUCCUACGAAAACAUUUGGGACUCGCUUUCCGAGAAGGAAAAGGCGGAAAUAAUAAACGAAUCCAUUAUCAAGCCGGAAAUUGCGUUAAAGUACGCUCUGCUGGAUACUUUGGACUUCGAUAUCAAUGAUCCACCUGUACACAAAGACGAUCUGAUGUCGUUCUUUUGCCGUGAACAAGGCCUGAAGAUAAUACAUGACGAAAAUGGUUCAUACAGAGACGAAUACUCCGCACCGUUCCUAUAUCAAACGAAGAGUCAACUGAACUUGUGCAUUUUCAGUGAAAAUCGUAAAAAGAAGGACGUGCAAUGCGCAUCGCCGCCCCCUGUGAUGUCGGAAUUAGCUCUGUCCCACUCGAAAGUCGUUAAUGAACUUAAAAACGCCCUGAAGUCGCAUGACGUCUUAAAAAGUACAUAUAAAGAGAACAAAGACUCUAAUAGAGAUGUUGUGUCGCCGACGAGUUUUAUCAGCAAGUUUAUGGGUAAUUUUAAAGCGAAGGAUGAAGAAAGGGAGUGUUUAGUAGCUACUGGAGCUGGUCAAAUUGUUGCUUCGUCGGAUAACUUCUUCCGUACGAACUACAAGAGUCCGCAGAAUGAUAAAUAUGAGAAGGAUUAUAGAAGCAGUGUCGUGAAGUCCAGUAGUGAUCUAUCGGAAGAGAAUCGUGGCUUACUCUCCAGUCAGGCAUCAUCGGGCACCGAUUUCCACUCAACUGAAACCCUAACAGACUCAGCAUUGCCGAAGACUGGAUAUGAUUUCUUGGAUAACUGGUAAAUCUGGGUGAAAACAGCGCAUGUCGAGUGUUUUUAUUUAUCUGUGUUUAUUUCAAAACAGAACUAAGACUAUGGAAGUAAGACUAAACCUCUUUGUAUUCUAGUAUUUAAAUUAAACGGUUUUUUUAUGGUAACCUAACCUCACAUUUUACGCCUAUAUAAUACGACUCUUUGAAGUGAUAUUCCCAAACGAAGUAUGUUCUGAAGUAUACUCUUUUUUACUGACGUUGUAUCUCGAUCACUCCUUGGGGUUUUCAACCUAAUGUGAGACUUUAUAUGUUUGAUAGUAUAAUAUUGUAAGUAAUUCGUUGAUAUUUGGUCUCAUUUUAGAAUACCACUCGAGAUUCUUUAAUGGGACCAAAUAACAACAACAACCCCUCUAAUUUAAGUAGUAGAAUGCGCCCACUCAAUCUGCCUGCGCAGGCGCAAGCGUACACUAAGAGACUACUGCGUAUGCACAAAGCAAUAAUUUAUUUCAAAGCAAAUGUUUCUCGUGUGUAAUUGAAAUCUCAUCAAGAUCUGA